AUGAGCAACCUAUCUACUCCAACAGAAUUCUUUCUGAUGGCAUUUUCUGAUAAAAGAGAUCUGCAGAUUUUGCAUUCUGUGAUGUUUCUCUUCAUUUACUUAACAGCCUUAGUGGGGAAUUUUCUCAUUAUCACUACUGUGGCUCUAGACCACCACCUACACAGCCCCAUGUAUUUCUUUUUGACUAACCUGUCAUUUUUAGAUGUUUGCUACAUCUCCACUACUGUGCCCAAAUCCAUAGCCAUUUCACUGACAAACAACAAAAUGAUUUCUUUCACUGGAUGUGUCACACAGGUCUUCUUAGUGGUCACAUUUGUUGGUGCUGAGAUUGCCUUGCUCACUGUUAUGGCUUAUGACCGUUAUGUAGCAAUCUGCUACCCACUACAGUAUAGGCUAAUCAUGAACUGGGAGGCCUGCAUCCAAUUGGCAGCUGCUUCCUGGAUAAGCAGCAUGGUUCAUGCAAUCCUGGAAACAGCUGUCACCUUCAAAUUAAGCUUCUGUGAGUCCAAUAUUAUUGGGCAGUUUUUCUGUGACAUGCCUCAGUUACAAAAGAUUUCUUGCAGUGAUACUAAAGUUAAUGAAGUUUUGGAUUUCGUCAUUGGGAUUACUUUGGACUCUUUCUGUUUUGUGUUCAUCUUUGCUUCUUAUGGCUUCAUCUUCUCAGUUGUACUGAGAACUCCAUCAGCCCAAAGCAGAUAUAAAGCUUUAUCUACCUGCACUCCACACCUGGCUGUUUUUUCUUUAUUUCUCAUCACAGCUAUGUUUUCCUACCUGAGACCUAAAUCACUUUCCUCCCCCACUGUGGACCUGGUUUCUGCUGUACUGUAUACGGUGUUGCCACCGGUUCUGAAUCCCAUCAUUUACAGCCUCAGGAACAAGGACAUACAGAAAGCAGUGUGGCUAAUACAUUCAAAAUUAAAAAGCUUCAUUGCAUAA